GCAUACAAGUCCCUAACGUUUCUAUACAAAGCCAGAGCUACUGUCAAAGCCGCGCUAUUAUAGAAAAACAAUCACCACCUUCAGAUUCGAGAAUUCAGCGCCCAAAACAGGUCGCCGGUAGUUUUUUUUUUUUUGCACGUGCUCAGACCUUGUUGGCUACUGGGAGAUGUGACGUCAUGUAGAGUCUUGGUACACCCAAUCACAAGACUAGUCUCAACUGGAGCGCGGUGUUUUUUUUUUUAUUAUUAUUAUUAAGGGGCGUAUUUUUCGAGUCUAUUUAAUUAUAAACCAACGUUCGUUGUAGUCCGGACGCUGAGCUGUAAUGUCACGUGUGUAUUUGGAAAAUACAUGGAGAUUGUAAAAAUGAUAAUACUGCACAAAUGGUCCGAAAGUGGUAUUUAGGAACGUUUUUGUAGGAAGUCACCUCAGUGGAUGGCUUGAGGAAGCUACAGAAGAUGACGCUGUCUACCUGAAUAUGACCAGCUUUCCAUACACAGUGAUCAAUAAACAGUAAGUUUCCACCUUUAAAUCACUAAACGGUUAGGCUAGCUCGGUGAUUGAUGAUGCUCGUGUAGCGCCGCAGAUCUGAAUUUAACAAACGGCCGCAGCACUGCUGCCUUUUCUGAUUAGUUCAAGAGACAGAUACAGGCAAAGCUGUUUGUUCUUUAUAGUUUAACUCAGCAGUAUUAUAUAAACACGAAUAACAAAGAGCAGUAGUGCAUUACAUGAUUAUUUCCUUUUUUCCGGAUUAAUAAAUGCUGUGUUCACAAAAAUUAAGGUAUUUUGUUAUCAGUGUAAACCAUCGGAGACCAGAUUGUCUCUCUGUGCUGUUAAAAUGGCUGACUCUCAGCACAGUCUUGCUUCAGCAUUGGUAUUUAACCGCGCUGCAACCAAACUAUAUCACCUGGUAGAAAGGAAUCACACAGCUCUGCUUGGCAAUUGGCCUAAAUUAGACACGUGGUUUCAGUCUGUCUUCUGAUAGGUUUGGUUACAGUGAAACCUAUUUCCAAGAUACAUGCCGUUCAGGCCGAUACCCCAAACAAAUGCAAUAUUCCUGUCCAGAUAGGUAUAAAAGAUUUUAAAAUGAAGAAGCUAAGGAGACGAAGUUGUCAGAUUGCAUUCAGCAGAGGCAGAGGAAGGAGCAGUUCCUCCAACCACACAGACCAGGAUAUUCUUCUCCGCACUCCUUCCCCAUGUAGGCUCAACUUCUCAAUAUCCAAAGACACACUCACAUAUGCCCAGUCUCAGAAAAUGGUGGAGGUAGAGCUUGAGGGGAGAGUUCAUCGUAUUAACAUUUCUGACCCACUCAAACUCAUCACAGAGGAUGAGAUGCUGGCGCAGGACCUGACAGAGUGCAACAGCAACAAAGAGAACAGUGACCAGAUUGCAAGCUAUGCUCAGCAGGACCACACUGUCUCUUUACCUAAGGACAAGAGGAAAGACAGCAAACAUAGUGGUAGGAGUAGACGCUGUGUUGGCCAACACUACACCCACAACCAGCUGAGCUCAUCUCAUCACAAUCAGUUAGUGAGCCCUCUACCUAAGCCCACCUUCCACAGGGUGGACAACUACUUCCCAUCAGAGGCUCUUCCUCUUCCUAUGGCCUACUACCGCUACAUGGAGAAGUCCAGUGAGGAGCUGGAGAAGGAGGCGGAGUAUGACAUGGAUGAGGAAGACAUGGCUUGGCUGGAGAUUGUCAAUCAGAAACGUGUGUCAGAUGGGCAUGCCUCAGUCUCUCCUGACACAUUUGAGUUAUUGAUUGAUAGGUUGGAGAGGGAAUCCAUUCUGGAGUCCAGGACCCAAGCCUUGUCCCAGAGCACCAUUGAUGAGGAUGCUUUCUGCUGUGUGUGCCUGGAUGACGAGUGCCUUAACAGCAAUGUCAUCCUGUUUUGUGACAUCUGCAACUUGGCUGUGCACCAGGAGUGUUACGGAGUGCCCUACAUACCCGAAGGCCAGUGGUUAUGCCGCCGCUGCCUGCAGUCCCCCUCUCGGCCUGUGGACUGCGUCCUUUGCCCAAAUAGAGGAGGUGCAUUUAAACAGGCCAGCGAUGGCCGCUGGGUCCACGUAGUUUGCGCUAUCUGGAUCCCGGAAGUUUGCUUUGCUAACACAGUAUUCCUAGAGCCUAUAGAAGGAGUGAAUAACAUUCCCCCUGCAAGAUGGAAACUCACUUGCUACCUGUGCAAGCAGAAAGGGAGGGGGGCCUCCAUUCAGUGCCACAAGGCCAACUGCUACCGUGCAUUUCAUGUCACUUGCGCUCAGCGGGCUGGGCUCUUCAUGAAGAUUGACCCAGUGCGGGAGACUGGCACCAACAACACCACAUUCACUGUGAAGAAGACUGCCUUCUGUGGGAACCAUUCUCCUCUUGGAGCAUGUGAAGUGGGGUACAGUGAAGAGGGUGGAGGCUUUGUAAGGGGUAGGGGUCAAAGGUCAUACACUCUAGUACCCACAAUUCAGCAAAAUCAGCAUGGGAGCAAAAAGGGUUUGGUUACACAGCAAAAAAAGAAGACAAGAAAGAAUGCAGAUGGAGUUUCACGCAAGUCGGCAGUGCCACUACUCCUCGUGCCCCAAAUCCCAUCCUACAGGCUUAAUAAGAUUUGCACAGGCGUGCCAGUACAGAGGAAGAACCAGUUCAUGCAGAGGCUUCAUAAUUAUUGGCUGCUAAAACGUCAUUCCCGUAAUGGAGUUCCACUCAUCCGUCAGCUCCACUCACACCUACAGGUUCAGAAGACAGAAGAGAGGGAGCCGGAUGCCAAAGUGCAGGCGUUGAGGGUGGAGCUGAAAUACUGGCAGAAGCAGCGGCAGGACCUAGAGAAAGCUCGACUCUUGAUCGAGCUCAUCCGCAAGAGAGAGAGGCUCAAACGUGAACAGCUAAAACUGCAGCAGGUGACUUUGGAGCUCCAGCUCACUCCAGCCUUAGUACUGCUGCGCUCCACACUAGAGCAGCUGCAAGAAAAAGACACUGCUUGCAUCUUCAUUUCACCCGUCAAUCUGUCUGAGGUUCCAGAUUAUCUGGAGUUUGUUUCUGAGCCCAUGGACUUCUCUACCAUGCGUGAGAAGCUGGAGGCACAUAAGUACAGCUCCGUGGCAGAUCUGGAGGCUGACUUCAACUUAAUGGUGUCUAACUGCCUGCGGUACAAUUCCAGUGACACAGUGUUCCACAAAGCUGCCAUGCAGCUCAAGGAGGUGGGUGGUGCCAUCUUGCGGCACGCCCAGCGCCAGGCUCUUAGCACAGGAUUUGACCUUUCCACAGGAAUGCAUCUUCCAGACUCAGCCAGCAAAGUGAACUCCAGCCAGUCCUGCUGGGACAAGGUGGACAUGCUUUUGGACCCUGGAAAUAGCUUCCCCAUGUCUCCAGAGGCCCAGCUGAAACAGCUGCUUGAAAAGCUGGACAUGUUGACAUCUAUGUGUGCCAGCGGAGAACGCACUAAACGGAUGCGACUGCUGCGCAGGGAAAUCGACAGUAUCCGGCACAAGCUCAGCUGCCAGCGGCGAACUUCACGACUGCUCAGUGGCAACAUCAAAAAGGAAGACAAGCGUGAGGAGGAAGAACGGAAUGAAAAAAUUAAUUAUGCAACAGUUAUUCCAGGGGAUGCCCCACCAAGUGCUCCAGUCUUCUGCCUGGAAAAAGGAGGAAUGAUCACCCAUGGCCAGUUUUAUAAACAGCAAGGAAGCAGAGGCAGGGGGAGAGGCAGAGGCAAGGUGAAAACUCCCAGUGAGGCUCCUGCCCAUACAGAAGUAGAAGAUGAUAAACUCCAUCUGAAGGAACGACACACUCUGGCCAUGUCCUCAAAAGAGGAGACUGAUAACAGAGUUUCUUCUCUGGACGGUUCACCCUUUUUUCCCAAGUUGGGUGUAGGCCGCCGCACAUCCAUACUAUUCAAGAAAGCUAAAAAUGGAGCCAAAUUGACCAAAAGCAUGCUGUUUUCACUCCAGAACAGAGUCAGUCCUGACCAAACAAGUGAAAAACUGCCAGAUCAUAGAUCUCAGUGGAGCCUCCUUUGCACACCACCAACCCCAAAAUCUCCUUCCAAAGAGAAUGUCUUGACAAAUGGUCUUAAAAAACAGAAGAAUAGCGUCCCAGAGUCAGAGCGUUGCUCUACUGCUUAUCAAAACAUCAGUUCUUCACCUCCCAAACACAGUCAAGGCAAACCAUCUUUAAACAAGGUCCUAGUUGGGGAGGGAGAGAGCACAAAGGCUGAUUCAGAGACUAACCUGGAGCCUCUCAGCUUGGUUUGGGCUAAAUGCAGGGGCUAUCCCUCAUAUCCUGCAAUGACAGUAGAUCCUGACAUGUCCAAAGAAGGAAUUUUUCCUAAUGGCAUUGUAAUCCCAGAACCACCUCAAGAAGUGCUGAAACUGGGUGAGCGCAGACAGAUGGAGACCGAGGACAAGCUAUUCCUUGUGCUGUUCUUCGACACAAAAAGAACCUGGCAGUGGUUACCAUUGGGCAAACUCCAUCCAAUGGGAAUCGAUGACACUGUGGAUAAACUUCGCCUGAUGGAAGGCAAGAAACCAAAUGUACGGAAGUCUGUACACAUGGCAUAUGAGCGAGCAAUGAGGCACCUCAGCCAUGUGCAUGAAAACAUGAACUUCAGCCCCCCGUCUUACAUUUAAAGCACUUUACAGUGGGAUACUCAAAAAGAUUGUCGUAGUGCUUGAAAGUGAAUCUUUAGAAAUGUUCAUAGAUAUUUUAUGUGUCAGCAUGAUAAUUUAUAUGCCGUGGAAAAAAGUCAGGUGUCAUGUGACCACUAUCAAGCAAUUUAAUAAAUGUACUGACCCAUCUCUAAAAAAAAGUAAAACUAAAAUGGGACAUCUGCAAUGACUGUUGCUGGUUAUGUUUAGGCCUACAUGCAGCCUAAUAAUCUGGUAAUAAUCUGACUGAUGGCUCAGUUGGAAUAAAAAAAAAAAAAAAAAAAAAACGUGUACACUUCCAGUAUCUGAAUCUGCAUGUGUUUGAGUCAUGAGUCACACUUCCUAGUGGAAUAAUAAGGCCCUAAAAAAACUCAGUUCAAAUGUGAGAUCAAACUAACUUUGAUAAAUACUAGUAAUAUUAAAAGAUGACUAAGGUGUAAUAUACAGUAUGUCUGUUAUACCAAUAGAUUAUGUGCACAUCAUUUUCAACAAUCAAUGCAUUCUUGUUUACUUUUUUGUGAUUAUGUUUUUGCUGAGACAGAAUUUAUAUAAAACCCAAUAAAACAAGCAGUGUGAUUAAAAAGUUUAACAUGCUGCAUUCUACACAUGUACAUAACUUUGGAUGGAAUUACAUGUAAUGUGUAGAUAAAUGAAGAUUGUCUACAGCGUUUGGAUUUAUAUACACCAAUCAACCAUAACAUUAAAACCACCUGCCUAAUAUUGUGUAGGUCCCCCUUGUGCUGCCAAAAAGCUGUGACCUGUUGAGGCAUGGACUCCACAAGACUCCUGUAGGUGUGCCCUGGUAUCUGGCACCAAGACAUUAACAGCAGAUCCUUUAAGUCCUGUAAGCUGCGAGGUGAGGCCUCCAUGGAUCAGACUUGUUUGUCCAGCAACAUCCCACAGAUGCUCGAUCGGAUUGAGAGCUGGAGAAUUUGGAGGCCAAGUCAACACCUUGCACUCUUUAUGCUCCUCAAACCAUUCCUGAACAAUUUUGGCAGUGUGACACAUUAUCCUGCUGGAAGAAGUCACUCAGGUCCUUACACAUGCCCAUUUUCCUGCUUUCAACACAUCAACUUGGAGGACUGACUGUUCACUUGCUGCCUAAUAUAUCCCACCCCUUGACAAGUGCUACUGCAACGAGAUAAUCCAUGUUAUUCACGGCACCUGUCAGUGGUUUUAAUGUUAUGGGUGUCCUUGGUCUGCAACAAUGUUUAGGUAGGUGGUACAUGAAUCCUUUCCAUAGUGCACCUUGGUGCCAUCUCUUCCCCAGGUAAGUGACGCACAUGCACCCGGCCGUCCAUAUGAUGUUAAAGAAAAUGUGAUUCAUCAGACCAGGCCACCUUCUUCCAUUGCUCCAUGGUCCAGUUCUGAUGCUCAUGUGCCCAUUGUAGGUGCUUUCGGCAGUGGACAGGGGUCAGCAUGGGUACUCUGAUGGGUCUGUGGCUACACAGCCCCAUAUGCAACAAACUGUAAUGCACUGUGUGUUCUUACACCUUUCUAUCAGAGCCAGCAUUAACAUUUUCAACAGUUUUUGCUACAGUAGCUCUUCUGUGGGAUCAGACAAGACAGGCUAGCCUUCGCUCCCCACGUGCAUCAAUGAGCCUUGGGGCUUAAGCCUUGGGAACACCCAAAAGACCUGCCGUAUUGGACCCAGUUGUCUAGCCAUCACUAUUUGGCCCUUGUAAAAGUCACUCAGAUCCUUACACUUGCCCAUUUUUCCUGCUUCCAACACAUCAUCUUCGAGAACUGACUGUUCAUUUGCUGCCUAAUAUAUCCCACCCCUUGAUAGGUGCCAUUGUAAUAAUCAAUGUUAUUCACUUCACAUGUCAGUGGUUUUAAUGUUAUGGCUGAUCGAUGUAAAUAUAUAUAAAUUUCAUUUGGAAUCUUAAAUUUGGAUUGGUAAAUAUUUGCAUAUAAACACAACCAGUGGUGUUGAAAUCAGGCAGCCAGGACACUUGGCAAAACGAUCUACUUUUUAGACAUUGGUGUUUAACAGCCAAAUCUGUCACAUUUCACCUACUAUACUUGCAUUUUUAAAAUGAUAUUGACCUUAAACCUUUGAUGGAUUGAAAUUGCAUUCACACAUUUGUUGUUUUCAUGGCUUUAUUAUUUGAGAGAACUUUUUUAAUCUCAACAUGUAAGUUUUAUUUACAAUGCAUGGAUUAAGUAGAUUUUGGGACAGACCCUGCUUUUGUAUAUAUUAAAGCAUGUAUGUAGAAGAUAUUCACUGGUUUUUAAAAUCUAAAAUGUAAAUUAAGUACUGUGAACAUUUUACAUUUAAUUUUUAUUUCUAUUGUGUGGUUACAAAAUUAUUUAAUAGUAAGGAUAUUGUUUAAUUUUAAGGAUUUCAUUUUUAACAAUGCUCUGCAGAGCAUAAUAAGAAACCUUCUGCAUGUGCAAGUCAAAAAAGUAAGUAGGUCCAUAGAUCAUGUAUACAAAGUAAAAUAGAAAAAAUAAUUUUUAAGCCUGUAAAAUCAACUCAGUGUGCCAAACAUGCCUGAAAGUAUUUUGUGAGAAGAGAAAUAAAUACACUGUUGUUUGA